AUGAGAAGCCGGACCCAGGCGCCAUGGAGGAAUACGCUCGGGAGCCUUGGUAGCUUUGCAGCGUGGGGAGGCCUGUUCUCCACGAUCGACUGUGGCUUGGUGCGGCUACGGGGCAAGGAGGAUCCCUGGAACUCCAUCACCAGUGGAGCGUUGACUGGUGCUGUUCUGGCAGCUCGCAGUGGCCCACUGGCCAUGGUGGGUUCAGCGAUGAUGGGGGGCAUCCUGUUGGCCCUCAUUGAGGGUGUCGGCAUCCUCCUUACUCGCUACACUGCCCAGCAGUUCCGCAAUGCACCCCUAUUCCUGGAGGAUCCCAGCCAGAUGCCCUCCAAAGAGGGUGCCCCGGCCCCAGGCUAUCCCAGCUACCAGCAAUACCACUGA